UAUUGCAGAGAAGAAUCUACUUCAAGACAUCAAGCCAAUAAUGAGGAACUGCCUGAAAGUACACUAUGCUGAUUUUAGAAACAACAGUCUGCAAGUCAUCGAGACAGGUACUUUCAAAAGAUGCACUAACCUGUUGGAUCUAGUCUUGGAUGAAAACAGAAUAUCGCAAGUACAACCUGGAGGGUUUGUGGGACUACGAAAUAUAAACAAUUUAAACAUGACUAUAUGUGACUUGAAGGUGUUACGGCCACAUACGUUUGGGGGCAUGCUUCGGCUGAACAAGUUAUAUCUGGAUCAAUGUCACUUGGAGGAAAUUCCGUCUGGUCUGUUUCUAGAUCCGACGACAGACGGUGUUCCUGACAAAGGCAUCACACCCUUCCGGCUGUAA